AUGGAGAUAUGGAAACCAGUGAAUCAGGCAAUAAGAAUAGCGGAGUCAAUUGUGAUUGCAUUAGUGACAAUGCUAUAUCUUCUUGGUUGUUAUGAUGUUAUAACAACAUCUGGGAUAUCUGUAAGGUUGUACCUGCUGACAACAUCUUUCUAUUACUACAUUACAUGCCUUAUAAAAUCGCCUGGACAACUUCUAGACUUUGGGACUGCAAAUGUAAAGGGAAUAUGCAAGAAGUGUAACAGAAUAGUUGGAACAAGGACUGUUCAUUGUGAGAUAUGUAACAAAUGCUAUCACCGACGAGAUCAUCAUUGUCCAAUAAUAGGUAGGUGUGUUGCAUCAAAUAACACCAAUGACUUAUACCUCACGAUUGUUUUCGCAAAUCUUUACUCGAUUGCUACGUUAUUGCAAAACUCGCCUCAUGUUCUUAAGGCGUUUGUUCACAAAUACCUAUUUGCCAUUUCUGCAUGGUUUGUAUUUUGGUUUACACUACUGGUAGCUACCGAUAAAACAACACAAGAGCUUUUGAGGCGAAAAGGCAAGGCACUAAAAGACCUCAAAAUUCGUAGGUUAAAAGAUGUAUUCCGUGCUGGGAUUGUACAAACGCUGGUUCCGUAUCUUUCACAUAAGAUUUCAGUGGUGAACGAUGGAUGUUGA